UCUUAGUUGUCAACAGCACGAAGUCUGAUCAGCACUUGUUGAGUGUUCCCUUUCAGUGCUCACUAUCUGCUGUAGCAAUACAAGUUCAACGCAGUAAAGGUUUGUUACCUGUCAGGUUCGAUUGCAUAAUCGCAUAACAUCUGGGCUACGGUCAUUACUUGCACCCCUCAUACCUAAGGCUCGUAACAAAAAUCGGAACCAUGCUUCUCCGCACUGUCCAGAGAAACGUCCCACUAGCCGUGCGAGCCAUGUUUUCAACCGGUGCAGAACGAACGGUCAUUUGUGAGGAGGUCGGCAAAAGCGCCGGUCUGAUCACUUUGAGUCGGCCGAAGGCCUUGAAUGCAAUCAACCUGGAUAUGGUUCGCCAAGUCUACGGAGCGAUGAAGGGUUGGCAAGACAACAAAAGUCUGAUCGUUAUCAAAGGAACCGGGGAGAAAUCAUUCUGCGCUGGUGGUGAUGUACGAGCGGUUGUCGAGAAUGGUCCAAUUGAGUCUUCGAGGAACUUUUUCCGGGAAGAGUACAGGUUGAAUGCAUUGAUUAGUGCCUGCAAGCCGGAUUACGUGGCCAUUGUGGAUGGAAUUACUAUGGGCGGUGGCGUCGGGUUGUCCGUCCAUGGUAAAUACCGAGUAGCCACCGAGCGAACCAUGUUUGCCAUGCCGGAAACUGCAAUUGGACUAUUCCCGGAUGUCGGAGGUGGACAUUUUUUGCCCAGAUUGCAAGGCAAGCUGGGACUUUACCUUGGACUAACCGGGUUCCGUUUGAAGGGUAAGGAUGUUACGAAAGCUGGUAUUGCAACUCACUAUGUGGAAAGUAAAGAUCUUGAAGCCCUGGAGAAAGAAUUGUUUGCUACCAGUAAUAGCUCAGAAGUCAAUAACGUUUUGAGCAAAUUUAACGUUAAAGACAAUGCAGAGUUUGUACUGGCAAAGAACAUUAAGCAGAUCAACGAGUGCUUCAGUGCAACAACGAUUGAACAGAUCAUAGCGAACCUGGAGAAGGACGGAAGCGAUUGGGCUCACAGCACGCUGAAUACCCUGAAUAAAAUGUCUCCAACUUCAAUGAAGAUCACCAAGAAGCAACUGGAUCUUGGACUGAACUGCGAUCUGCGAAGCUGUUUGAAGAUGGAAUUCCGGAUGGCAGUGCAUAGCGUCAUUGGAAGCGAUUUUAAGGAAGGUGUUCGUGCAAUGCUGAUCGAUCGCGAUCAGAGUCCAAAGUGGAAUCCAGCGAAGCUGAGUGACGUGACCGAUAAACAGGUUGAUCGAUUCUUUGGUCCGCUUCCAGAUGGCGAUGAGUUGGUAUUUGAAGAUGAAAUGAAAGCUAACCUGUAGUCCUAUAGACGACAGUAGGUCAAGCGGUUCGGCGGGAUAGGUGGUAACCUCCAAGCGCAUUUACUAGGUUUAGGUGAAAAUAUGUGAGGGAAUUAAAUUCUUUAUGUUGAGUCUUUAUUAAAAUAAAA